AUGGGGGCGCUGGAGAUCGCCGCGGAGCGCCUCGGCGACACGGAGCGGUCCUGCGCGACGCUGCGGGCGUGGGCGCAGGCCGGCCGCGUGACGCCCGCGGGUCAGCUCCUGACGCCGGCGGCGGUGGACGCGGGCAUCGAGAAGUGGCUGAGGAGGCGCAGGGGCGAGCAGUCCCCGGAGCGCGCGCCCGCCGCGGACCCCGCGUCGGUGGCGGCCGUCGCCCGCCCGAAGCGCCCGAGGCAGGAGCCGGCCCCGCCGGAGAAGAAGCGGCCGACCUACGCCGAGACCAAGAAGGCUCGCCUGGAGGACGAGGCGAGGGCGCAGGAGCUCACGCGGCAACGCCUCGCCGAGGUCUCGGCGGAGAUCGAAGGCCACAUGGAGAACAUCCUGCGCCGAAGCGUGGGGCCCCACGCGGAGGCCGAGUGGCGCAGCGCAGCCGAGGCCGAUCGGAGGGAGGUCUACACGAGGCUCAUGCACGCGGGGCAGGACCCCGACGUGGGCGUGCCGGAGGAGCUCUGCGCGGAGCUGCUGGCCCACCAGAUAGAGGGCCUCGAGUGGCUGGCCUCUCUGUUCAGCAACAAGCUUCACGGCAUCCUGGCCGACGAGAUGGGCCUGGGAAAGACGAUCCAGACGAUCGCCCUGCUGCUGCACAUCAAAGAGCGCAAGGGCAACGUGGGCCCGCACCUGAUCGUUGCCCCGAAAUCGACGCUGUCCAACUGGAAGACGGAGUUCGAGCGCUUCGCGCCCGGCUACGGCGUGCGCGUCCUGACAGGGGAUCAAGACGUUCGAGAGCUCGAGCUCGCGGGGCUUCGCCGGGACGUGGCGCAGAAGCGCCCAGUCGCUUGCGUCACAAACUACGAGCAGGUGCACCGCAACGACUGGCUGCUGAAGAACAGUUGGCAGCUCGUGGUUGUCGACGAGGGCCAUCGGCUGAAAAAUCCAGAGACAGUGCUGCACAAUGCCAUGGCGCAGCUCCGCUGCCAGAUGCGGCUGCUGCUGACUGGGACUCCGCUUCAGAACAGCGUCAAUGAGCUCUGGGCGUUGCUGCACUACCUGCUCCCCGACCUGUUCACGGUCAUGAUGGACUUCAAGACCUGGUUCGCGAAGCCCUUCCAGGGCGUCCAGGGCCUCAACGAGUACGAGAUCCAGCUGGAUCCAGAGCAGGAGCAGCAGGUCAUCCAGCAGAUGCACACCCUGCUGUCCCCCUUCUUGCUGCAGAGGCUGAAGAGCGAGGUGCUGGCAGACAGCCUCCCGCCAAGGGUCGAGGUCGACGUGCGCGUUCCCCUGAGCUCGUGGCAGGAGGCGGCAUACAGGGACCUCGAGAAGCGGACCAUCCGCUUGCUCGAUGAGGGCGCCACCGUGACCAGCGAUCAGGUGAACAACGCGCUCAUGCAGCUGCGGAAGAUAGUCCUGCACCCGUAUCUCUUCCAGCAGGGCUACACUCGAGACCAGGACCUGUACAGGGCCUCUGGGAAGCUGGAAGCCCUCGACAGGCUGCUGCCGAAACUGCUCGGCUUCGACCACAAGGUGCUCAUCUUCUCCCAGUUCACCAGCCUGUUGGACAUCCUCGAAGAAUUUCUCCAGUGGCGAAACAUCGUUCAUGUCCGGCUGGACGGUCAGGUGGCGCACGAGCAGAGGAAGGCGCGCAUAGAGCGCUUCAACUCCGACGAGAGCGUGAAGGUGUUUCUCCUGUCGGCUCGCGCCGGCGGCCUCGGCCUGAACCUGCAGGCCGCGGACACGGUGGUUCUCUUCGACAUCGACUGGAACCCUCAGAACGACAAGCAGGCGGUGGCCCGCGUGCACAGGGUCGGGCAGACCAAAGAGGUCCGGGUGGUGCGCCUGGUGACGGACUCGAAGGUGGAGAGGCACAUGGAGGCGCGCUGCAGGGAGAAGCUGGAGAUGGAGAGGAAGGUGAUGGGCGCGGGCAUGUUCCGCAAGCAGGCCACCGGGGAGCAGCGCAGCGCCGCGCUGCGCGCGGUGCUCGGGCUCUCGGGCGGAAGCGAGGGCGGCCCAGGCGGCGACGCCGGCGGCCAGGACGUCACCUCGCCGGAGGAGCUGAACAGGCUGAUCGCCCGAAGCGCGAGGGAGCUGGACGCCUUCCACGGCAUGGACGCGCAGACCCUGCGGCUGCCUGAUGGCUCGGCCGCGGGCCAGGGGCCGACGCGGGCGCUGCUGGAGCGGUGCGGGCGGCUGAUGCGGCCCAGCGAGGUGCCGCGGGGCUUCUCGGCGGCGGCCUCCGCGUAG